CUUCCUUUUUCUGAAGCAGCAAAUGUGAAUCGUCAUCUGCAGUCCCACUGAUAUAGUCAUAGACAAGCAAAUGUAACUUGAUUUUGAAGCAACCCAAACAAAAUCAUUUCGUCAUGCCUCCUAAUCACUCUGCCUCACCAAAAAGCAAACUAAAGCUAGCUACAGUGCACUGCAGAACAUCAAAAAGAUGAGCUGCACAGCCCAAUAUCUAAAAGAAAAUCCAUCCCUUCAAAAAAGAUUUAAAAAAAAAAAAAAAACCCUUAAACAAUGCAAUCACAUACAGAUUCCUCAGCACUUCCAUGUGCAUAAAGUUCCUCAACCAUCCAAGCAAAGUAUCUGUAAUCUGCUACACUUCUUCCCCAAAUUCUCUCAUUUCUUGAUCUCUGCAUCUCAGUCACAGCCAUGACUACGCUCAUCUUGAUCAUUUUCACAAUUUUGUCGAUGCUCCAUCUAGCUUCUGCUAAUGCCCGUGUAAAUCCAUGCCGAUCUUAUUGUGGAAAUAUCACUAUAGAUUAUCCUUUUUCACUCCAGUAUGGCUGUGGUCACCCUGGUUUUAGAGAUCUUUUGUUUUGCAUAAACGAUGUGCUCAUGUUUCACAUUUCCUCAGGAUCAUACCGAGUAAUAGAAAUAGACUAUGCUUAUCAAUCACUUACUCUCCAUGAGCCUCACUUGUCAACUUGUGACACCAUCGUCCUCGGCGGCAAGGGAAACGGAUUCUCCCUCGAGACGUGGCGGUCACCCUACUUCAAUCCAACUGCGGAUAAUGUGUUUAUGCUCAUCGGCUGCUCAGUUGAAUCACCACUUUUCCAAGGUUUCCCUGGGAAGCACUUGCCUUGUCGGAACGUUUCAGGCAUGGGCUGCGAGGAGUACUAUGGUUGUCCGGCGUGGAGUCUAGUGGGCCACAGACAAGUGGGAUCAAAGUUUGGGUCAGGGCCGCCAGAGUGUUGCGCGGUGGCGUUUGAGGCUAUGAAGGCAAUAAAUCUGAGCAAGCUGGAGUGUGAAGGAUAUAGCAGUGCUUAUAGUCUUGCACCACUGAGGGUUGAUGGGCCUGGCGGAUGGUCUUACGGAAUACGCGUGAAAUAUUCAGUGCAAGGGAAUGAGGAAUUCUGCAGAGCAUGCGAAGCUACUGGCGGCACCUGCGGGUAUGGUACUGAUGGAAUUAGGCAGAUGUGCAUGUGUGGGAAUUUCAAUUCCACAUCAAAUUGUGAUUCAGUUAAUUCAGCAGCAAGCAGCAGAACAUGGCAUAGAGUGAGCACAAUUGCAGGAUCUUUGAUGGCUAUAUUAGCCUGGACAGCAUCCCACUCCAGCUGAAGCAAAGAGAGAUAAGCCCGCAAACCAUUAUACGUCAAUGGAUAGAGAACGAGGGAUUUUAUUUUAUUUGUAUUUUUU